GCAUGUAUAAAUAACUGCAAAAUACUUCAUUUGGUUCAUAAACUAUUUGGUAUAUUUUUAAUUAAACAAGCAAUGAGUGAAAAUUAUGUUAGUGCUGGAGUUGGUUUACAAGGAUUUAGAGCCUUUUUGAAUGGUCUUUGCCCUGGUAAAGCACAAUUUACUGAAAAAGAUUACCCAAAAUUAGAUGGUAAAGUUGUCAUUGUCACUGGUGCAAGUGCUGGAUUAGGUUAUGAAGUAAGCAAGUUAUUAUUGGGUACCACCAAUGCUAAAGUGUAUAUGUUUACAAGAAACAAACAAAAGACCAUUGAUGCUAUUAAGAGAUUAGAAACUGAAGUUGCAAAGGAAUUCAAUAAGACAAAUCUUAAUGUUGAUUAUAUUUCAAUCGAUUUUGCUGAUUUAACAACUAUCAAACCUGCUGCUGAAGAAUUCUUGAGUAAGUCAGAUAGAUUAGAUAUUAUUAUUCAUAAUGCUGGUGUUAUGUUACCACCUGAAGGAUCAGUCACCAAACAAGGCUUUGAAUUACAAUUAGGUACUAAUAAUUUUGGUCCUCAUUUACUUCAAAAAUUCUUAGAUCCAUUACUCAUCAAGACUUCAAAAUCCAACAAGCCAGGAGAAUCCAGAAUCAUUUGGGUUUCCUCUUUUGGUCAUUAUUUAUCAUCGAAAGGUGGUGUCUUCUAUGCUGAUCCUAAUUUCAGAAAGACAAAAGCUCUGGCUGCUUCUAAAUAUGCACAAAGUAAAGCUAUCAAUGUACUUCAAGCUAAGGGAUGGAAUAAUGCUCAUCCAGACGGAUCAAACAUCAUCAGUGUAUCAUUAUGUCCCGGCUUUUUAACUACAGAAUUAACAAGAUAUGCAAGUUCAAUCGAAGCAUUUGUCCUGGGUCUUAUGUCGCAUCCUCCUAGAAAUGGUGCUUACACGGAAUUAUUUGCUGCUCUUUCACCUGAAAUUUCUACUCGUGAUCAUAUUCAAUCAUUCGGGAAGGUCACUAGAUCAAGGCAAGAUUUAGAAGAUCCGAUUGCCAUCUCUAAAGCAUGGAAUUUCUUAGAGUCAAAUGUUAGAUCAUAUUUGUGAAUUAUUAAUUAAGCUUUUUUUGAGGCUAUGGUCUAAUAAAUGGAAAAUGCAAAUGAAAAAUACAAAAGCGCAAGUUAUUAUAGAUAAUUAUGUAAUUUUAAAUAAAAAAAUUAACCUUUGUAAAUCAUGUAGCAACCUCGAAGCGCUAUGAUUUGCUAAUUACAAAUUACUAAUAAUAUUCAUGUUGUCGUCGUUAAGAUUGUUGUAACGGGUUGUAUAAUUAAAUUUGAAGUAACGUAGCGAUGGCUGAGCAUUUUGAUUUUGUGGUAUAAUAUUUUCUUGAUUGCACAUACAGAAUUAGCAAAUGUUUGCAAUCAAGGGAUAAGAAUUAGAAAGCUUGGAAAGUUAAAUGACCAAGAACUUCCAUGAUAGACUCAUUGCAGACAUUCGAUUCAAGGGGUUGGCAUUUG